GAGCAAAUAAUAAAUUCAAAUGAGGAUCUAAAUAUCUCUCGGCCCUCGGAUCUUGAUCGGACUGUAACCGGUGAACGUGGGACUGUAGAGCCCCAACACGCAAAGCAUCUUAACUUCCUGUUCCACCAAAGACCAAAGUCCUCUUAUCAGUACCCUUCGUGUUCUGCAGCGCCCUCUUUCAUUAAACCCAGAGCCCUCUUUCAGUACCCGACGUGUUCUCCUCGAGAGACAGAGAAUCUCCUCCUGGAUUCAUGAGUAGUCCGAGUCCCUGGCAGGAUGAUGAAAUGGAAAGUUCGAGCAUGGAUGAGCAGUGUGAUUCCAGGAUGUUUAACUGGUGUGAAGUGACGCAAACAGAAGUACAUGAGGGACCCUAUCCGCCAAUAUCACAAUGCUACGACUUGCUCAUCAGAUUAACAGUCAUCAUGCAAGCGGGGGCUUUUAUGAUAGACACCAAUCCACCUCAUUCUUUUCUUCAUAAUUUUCUGAAGGAACCAGGUAUAUUAGGGGAAUCAAAGAUUUGGGUCAACUUCACCUCUAUAGACAAACAACAUCAGAGCCUGAAGGACUUGAUGUUUUCGCUUUGUUUCAUGGGCGUUGAGCAAAAAGACUGCCGAGAUAUUGCUGUAGAAAUAUUAAAUAAAGUUCAACCGGCCAUCCCACUUCCCCAGUUGGCUAUUGAUGUGACCGUAAGGCUCAUGUGUUCUGAAUUGUAUGGAAGAUUUGACGGUUUUGAUGAUAUGCGCUUGUAUCGCUAUGCAAAGAAAUCAUGGGACGACUAUAGGGCUGCUACUACCUCCUGCACUGGUUCUCAUAUGCCUCCAUCAUCAUGUGCUGUUUGUUUGGAGGAUUUUGGAGGUGGAGUUGAUGCUAAAAUGAUUGCUCGUUUGCCUUGCUUACAUUAUUUUCAUGCAGCUUGCACUGCCCAGUGGGUUAAUAUCCGUCGCACGUGCCCCGUGUGCCGAACCCAAAUGAUGCCACUUGUAUGUGAUGGAAAUGAACCCUUCAAUCCUAACCCCAUCUGGCCUGUAUGACAAUACAUUAUUGCCGGGGGGGGGGGGGGGAAGUAAAGUCUGUCUUAGAAGGAUCGAUCAUCUAUGUGUGUUAAUUGACAUUUGCAUUCUGUCAGUUUUUAAAUAUUUUUUGAUAUUAAUGUGUAAGAGUGUUAUUGACUUUUGAAGGGAGAAGUUUCCUUUCAAUUUCGUACUGUGUAUAAUGUUUUGAUUCUCGAUUCCUCAGAUUGCGGAGAAAAUAUAUAUUUAUUUGAGAACAUUUUAAUCAAGGAUGGGCAAUUGGAGGUUUGAAAAAUUUAACCAUCAGACACUAUUUACUUUUUUUUUU